CAAAAGGUGCCGGGACCAGUGGCUCAGAUCUGCCCGGAAGGACCACAGUGAGCACCCAGGGUGGUGUGGGCCGUCCGUGGGCGUGAAGGGAGGCUGGUAGGGCUGCGGGCUGGGCUCUCCCCCACCAGGGCUGCACCCUCCGGAAGCAUGGCUGCCCGCCCAGUACUGGGUCUCGCUGCUAUCCUCUGCCUCUCUGUGCCCCAGGCCGGCUCCAUGGUGCGGCAUCGACGGCCGGUCCAGGUGGUGCUGCUGGAACCCCAAGGUCGGGAUGGGGUGGGGGGGACGUCAGGUCUGGGCGGCCUCUGGCCCGUCACCCACGGGCCCUCCCCUGACAGGCCUCACUCCCCAUGAGGACCGGGCUGGGUCCCUGCCCCAGACGGCCUGGGAAGAGGGCAGACAAGAACCAGGCCCCACUGUGUUCCCGUGUUAGGAGGGGCCCGCUGGGCUCAGGGCAGCCCUCCCGCCACUGCCAGGCCAGGGGGAGGAAGGGGGGGGGAACCAUGAGGGACCUUCCCAGGGCAGCAGGUGAAGGGGAGAGGUUCUGUCUGGGGGCCACGGGAAGAAUUGAGGGUCUGGCUGAGGGUUGCGGCCCGGCCAAUUUGCAGAGCCCAAGGAACAGCCACUCCCAGAGAAGAGGCCUGAGGCAGGCGUGGCCCAAACUCAGGGGACUGGCUGCCCAUCUGCCAGAUUGUCCCAGGGCCUCUGCAGGAGGAGGGUUCCGGUGCUGGUCACUGGGGGACCACGGCCCCCUCCCAGGCCUGAGCCUUCCUGGCCGCAUCUCCCACAGGGAGGGACUGCUCUCAGAUCCGGGUGGAGAAGCCCAGAGCCCCCAGCGGUGUGUAUACCAUCCAGCCAGAGGGAGCCAGCGCCCCCUUGCAGGCUUUGUGCGACAUGCGAGAGGACGGUGGCUGGACGGUGAUUCAGAGCCGGGACUGGGGCAGGCGGAGGCGUCUGGACUUUGAGAGAUGCUGGCAGGAGUACAAACAGGGCUUCGGAGACUUGACAGGUGACCACUGGCUGGGGCUGCAGCACAUCUCUGACCUGACUUCCCAGCCGGGCCUGCGCUCAGAGCUCACGGUGGACCUUCUGGAUGCGGACAACCACACGCUUCAGGCCCACUAUGACAACUUCCACGUGGACGGGGAGGACCUGUUUUACCGAUUGACCCUUGGCCUGUACUCUGGGAACGCAGGGGACGCGUUCCGGGGCUUGGGCCGCACGGAUGACCAAGAGGGCUGUGGCUUCAGCACGCUGGACCGCGACCGCGACCACUGCUCACCCUGCACGGACGGCACCCAGCCCUUCACCAGCUGCAGCCGCGAUCGCUCGGGCGCCGGCUGGUGGUACAGCGACUGUGGCCAAGCUGACCUCAACGGGCCGUGGCCGGAGCGCGGAGGGGCCGCCUCGGGCAUGCGCUGGGCCACCGGCAACCAUCGGCCCACCCUGCGCGCCAGCGUGCUGCGCGUGCGCACCACUGCUUCCCCCAAGGCCUAGGCCCCUCGGUGGCCGAGCCUCAUUAAACGUUC